AUGACUAAACCUUUCUUAUCAAUAAUAAAGCCACUGUCGUUUCGCACUUUGCUUCAAUCGCAACCACAAUCGCAAUCUCCGCCCCAAUCAAGCUCCACCUUAGAGCAUAGGACUAUACCUAUAGAUGCCACCUGGUUUAUGCCCAAUAGUCCACGCAAUGCAGAACAAGAAUACCAAACAGAACGUAUUCCUCAUGCACGGUUCUUCAAUUUGGACAAAUAUUCUCGUGACUCGCCAUAUCCCCACAUGUUACCUACGCAACAGAUUGCAAAACAAGCAUUCCAAGACUUAUCAAUAAGACCAAGUGACAAUUUGGUGAUAUAUGAUAAAAUCGGAAACUUUUCAAGUCCUCGAGCUGCAUUCACUUUUAAACUAUUUGGUCAUCAACGUGUAUACUUGUUGGAUAAUUACCUCAAUUAUAAAGCUUGUGAUUAUCCAUUGGAUUUGAAUCCAGUUAAUUUCAAAUUGAGUAGUAGUGAUGCAGAGGAGAAUGAGUACCCGCUUCCCAGUGCUCAUGAAUUCGAAGAAACGUAUGAUCGAGAAGUCAUUGAAUAUGAAGAAUUGUGUAACUUGGUUGAAGAUAAUUGUAUUGGAGACUAUCUCAUAUUAGACGCUAGAUCAAAAGAAAGAUUUACAGGCGAAGCAUCGGAACCAAGACCAGGCUUAUCUUCGGGUCAUAUUCCCACAGCUAGAAAUCUACCAUUCACAAAAUUUCUCAAUCCUGAGCAGAAUAAUCAAUUUCGUUCAAAGGAAGAAAUUGAAACAAUUUUAAAAGAUGUGGUAGAGAUUAAUGAUAUAAACGAAUUGACUACAAAGUACCCUGGCGGUAUUAUUGUCAUGUGUGGAACUGGUGUCACUGCUUGUAUUUUGAAACUAGCAUUGGAUAACGUAUUGAAAUUGCAUGACGUGGUCAACGUGAGAUUGUAUGAUGGAUCUUGGACCGAAUGGGCAAUGAGAGCUCCUAAAGAGUUGAUUGUCAAGGAUGUGUAG